CGCAGCACUCCGGCCUGGGCGGUGCUCGCUGCCGCCCUGCCGAGAGCUCUGCGCAUGCGUGUGAGGAAGGUCGCGCUGCUGGCGCGUUUCCGCAGGAGUGGAGUGGCCUAGCUGUGCUCCUCGCCGGACUCCGACGGCUCUUCGCGCCGCUGGCGCGUACCGGCCGCAGCGGUCAUGGGGAAGCUGAACGUGGUGAUGCUUCGGUACCUCUCCAGGGAGCACUUCAGGGUCCUGACAGCGGUGGAAAUGGGCAUGAAGAACCAUGAAAUAGUUCCUGCUAGCUUAAUUGCUUCCAUUGCCAGCCUUAAACAUGGUGGAUGUAAUAAAAUUUUGAGAGAGUUGGUGAAGCACAAACUUCUAGCUUAUGAACGAACUAAAACUGUCCAGGGUUAUCGGUUAACUAAUGCAGGAUAUGAUUACCUUGCUUUGAAAACUCUAUCUUCCCGACAAGUCAUAAAUUCUGUUGGAAACCAGAUGGGUGUUGGCAAAGAAUCAGAUAUCUAUAUUGUUGCAAACGAAGAGGAGCAACAGUUCGCAUUGAAAUUACAUAGGCUUGGAAGAACUUCCUUUCGCAGUCUGAAAAAUAAACGUGACUACCACAAGCACAGGCAUAAAAUGUCAUGGCUGUAUUUAUCCCGGCUAGCAGCAAUGAAGGAGUUUGCCUAUAUGAAGGCUUUACAUGACAGAAAAUUUCCUGUUCCAAAACCUGUAGACUACAACAGGCAUGCAGUUGUUAUGGAACUUAUUGAUGGCUAUCCUUUGUGCCAGGUGCGCCACGUUGAAGAUCCUGCCUCUGUCUACAGUGAAUUAAUGGAUCUGAUUGUAAAACUUGCCAAUCAUGGUUUGAUUCAUGGUGAUUUCAAUGAAUUUAAUCUCAUAUUGGAUAAUGAUGACCAUGUCACUAUGAUUGAUUUCCCUCAGAUGGUAUCAACGUCACAUGCAAAUGCUGAAUGGUAUUUUGACAGAGAUGUUAACUGUAUUAAGGAGUUCUUUAAGAAGCGCUUCAACUACGAGAGUGAGCUCUUCCCAGCAUUCAAAGACAUCAGGAGAGAGUGCUGUCUUGAUAGAGAGAUUGCUGCCAGCGGCUACGCAAAAGAAAUGGAGGAAGAUGGUGAACUGCUUUACCCACCGGGUUCUGAUGAGGAUGAUAAUACAACAGAAUCAGAAUUUGUAGAAGAUGCUGAAAAUAAACUCAACUUCUUCACAAAAGAUAAAGAAAACAAUGUAGACUUCAUGUAUGAAACGGGUGAUUUCGCUGAAAGCAGAACCUCUAACAACUUUACGUGUACCAAUGAAGAGGCUGACACAACUGAAAGUAGUGAAAAUACACAAAGGCUGAAUAUGUCAAAGUUGAGUUCAGCCUUAGAAGAAGUUGAAGGGCAAACUAUGCUUUGGAAGUUAAGUGAAGAUGGAGGGAGUUCUGCAGUUGUUUUUAUUAAGGACAAAACCAUAACCAAAAAUGCUGCUGAAGUCGAAAAUCAGACAGGUCAAGAAGGGUGCUGUAGUGAUAAAGAGAAUGAAGACAAAUGCCCUGAUCUGGUUGACUUGUCAGCAUUAAACGAGAACAUCAUGCAUGACAGAAAUGAAGAGAGUGUCAUUCAUAUUGCUGAGCACAGAGCAAGGACUGAAAGUAUCACAUCAGUCAGAAGUGUUGGGAGCUGUUCAACCAUUCCGGCGGAACUGGUGAAACAGAAGAUAAAACGUCAACUGACCAAACAACAAAAGUCUGCUCUGAGGCGUCGGCUGCAGAAAGGAGAGGCAAAUAUUUAUACCAAACAACGUCGAGAAAAUAUGCAGAACAUUAAGUCGAGCUUGGAUGCAGCUAGUUUCUGGGGAUAAUUUAUUAAAACUCGUGUACUAUAUGAGAAUUCAUAAUGUAUACGGUUGAAAGAAUUAUGCUAAUAACCAAUAAUCCUUUUAUAUAAUGGAGGAAACUCUUCUAUAUAAGCAAGUGUUUUUCUGGAAGUUAAUAAACUUCAUUCUCCUUCCUGUAAUUUUGAUUGGGGGAUUUUGUUUUGUCUUUCUGGUUAAAGAUGUUGACUGUAAUUUAAAUUAUAUGAGUAGUACAGGCUAAUAUCAUUUAACUACGAUAAUUUCCAGCA